AACACGCGCCAUGAUAUGCGCGUGUUCAAUUACUGACCUGGUGGCAAAAACUACUAUAGAAGCCAAAAGCCAAAACAACAACGGCAAGGGAAAGGAGCACGCGUCACGUCACCGUACAAUUCCUACUUGUCGCCACCGGUGACGGAACCCGCGGAAAGCACGCAUAAACUUCUAUAGAUACAUAUUCUAUACGUAUAUUUCUAUGCGCUGUCGUUUUUUCGCGUGUCGAAGAAUCCUUAAUGUCAUAAAUUUUCGAAUUCAGCUGAUUGAUUCGUAGUUGGUGAUUCAUUUGCCAUUUUAGGUGUUCUAGGUGAGGGGAGAAACAAGCUAGUUUUAAGUUGAAUUUUCUAUCAUUUACUUAUAAGGCAAAUAUGGAAGCACGCCCAGCUUUAUCUAUUCAAAGCUCAGGUGUAAGACAACUUGGUAAUUGUGGAGCAUCUGGGACUUCUUUACCUGUUAUUCCAACCCCUUUGGAAGAGACAUAUCCCAAGUUACGGGACUCUCAGCAGGUUUCCACAGAGAGCGAACUCUUGCAACGUCCUCCAGCUGUCCUUUCACCGCUGUCUUCCAACAGUGGGGUUGUUGGUCAUAUAUUUUCUUCGUCCUCAGGAUUUUCUAGUGAUCUUCAUUUUUCAUCCAUCCCAAAGCAAGAAAAGCGUUUAAGGCAAGCCCCUUUCAUUUCUCAAUCGACAAAUAAUGGGACAUCGGUUACAUUACCAAGUUCUUGUGAUUCUGGAAUUCUUCAAUCCACAGCAUCAAGCCAAUAUACCAAAGAAAAUAACAGCUCUUCCUGGCGUCAAGAAUCACUGCCUGAUUUUCUUGAUUAUUCAUUUGGUACCUCAAUCCAGAAUGGUCUACUAGAAAGUAUUAACAGUGGUGAGAUUGGCAUUUCAUCUGAGGAUCUUAGCAAAAGAAAUGAUUGGCAGGAAUGGGCUGACCAGCUUAUUGCUGAUAAUGAUCCUUUGACCUCUGACUGGAAUGAGCUUCUUGCCGAUGCAAAUGUUGAACCAAAGAUGCAACAUCAGAUGUCCAAACAGCCAGUAAAUUUCUCAAUGCAGCCAUCCCAAAUACCCCAGCAGCCUCCAGAUACACCUGGAGAAACUAAUGUAACUGUUGCUCAAUCAUCCUCAGCAAAUGUGGCUCCAGUAAAACAACGCAUGCGUUGGACACCAGAACUUCAUGAAGCCUUUGUCGAAGCAGUCAUCAAACUUGGUGGGAGCGAAAGAGCUACUCCCAAGGGUGUUCUGAAGCUAAUGAAAGUUGAAGGUUUGACAAUUUAUCAUGUCAAAAGUCACCUGCAGAAAUACAGAACAGCUAGAUACAAGCCAGAUACAACAGAAGAAUCUUCAGAGAAAAAACUACCGUCUGUUGAAGAAUUGUCAUCCUUGGACUUGAAAACGGGAAUUGAGAUAACUGAAGCAUUGCGGUUGCAAAUGGAAGUGCAAAAGCGUCUGCAUGAACAGCUUGAGAUUCAAAGAAAUCUACAACUUCGAAUUGAAGAACAAGGGAGAUACUUGCAGAUGAUGUUUGAGAAACAGUGCAAGUCCGGGUCUGACUCGCUCAAGGGGACUUCAUCGACUAUGGAGAACAACAUUAAAGAGUCGUCGGGUGCUGCACAAAGUUCUCCUGCUAAUGAUGAUUCAGGAUUACAGGCACCUAUCAGCAAAACAGGAGUUAACCAGUCUAAUGCAUCCACAGCAUCAGGAGAAAACUCUCAAGACAGAGGAGAGAAAUAUAAAUCUCAAGAGACUCAAGUUCUUGAAAAUUCAGAUGCAAAUGUUGACGGCACAUCACCAUCCACGAAGCGUGCUAAAGUGCAUGAAUAGGCCAGUGUGCAUCUUGUAAUCCCUUUUGAGACUUAUCAUUCGAUAGAUGUUCAGCUUGUCCUCGAGACAAACUUAUCAUCUAGUCCUGCCUUUAGAUGCGUGCUUUUGGGCACCAGCUUGUUUUUCUCUUACGGUUUAGUGGACGAGCAACCUUAUGACUCCAAUUUUUAUUUUCUCGAAGUCUUUAAGAUUUAUGGUCUUUGAGAUAAGCAUCGAAAUAAUUAUGAAGUUUGGUGAGAAAAUGAAGCCAUUGCCCGUCAGUAUGUAUCAUGAUUUCUGUAAGCUAUAGGCUUUGUACAAUUUUCGUCACCCAUGUUUAUUUAUAUGGGCUGUGUGAAUAUGAGCAUUCUCAGUAUGUUAAGCAUCUGUUUUUUACAUU